GAAAAAUUUGAGCGGCGUAAAUCUCUCAAUAAAUAAGCUUCAUUCUCAAUUGGAGAACUCACAUUUGGAGGAGAGUGCAGAAUCGUUCCCGCAACUCAAAAUGCAGUCCGGACUCUUUCGAUCAACCGGUGGUAUGUCAAAUGGAAAACGCCCAAUGAUGCAGAGUAGUAAUGAUACCUUCUCACAGGAAGGUGGUAUGUCAAAUGGAAAACGCCCAAUGAUGCAGAGUGGUACUUGUACCUUCUCACAGGAUGGUGUGGCUGUUUCGGGAAGGCAAAAGUUUCGUAAGGGGGACCGUUCACGCCGGAUUUGGAUCUUCCGUGAAGAGGAGAUCUUAGCCGCCACUUUGCUAGAUCUAGUUGCUCAUGGAUGGAAAUCCGACAAUGGAUUUCGUACGGGAUACCUGACCAAGAUCGAGGAGAGUCUUCGUGCGGAAUUUCCAAAUUGCGAUCUCAGGGGGACUCCACACAUCACAUCCAAAAUAGGCGCCUGGAAAAAGAGUUAUGGGAUUCUUAGAUCCAUCUUGAGUCGAACAGGGGUUGGUUUCAAUCUCCACAACGAUUUCAAGAUUGAUAUUGAUGACGAGCAAUGUGAGCAAAUUGUCCAGGCCAAUAAGGAUGCAAAGUUUAUGCAUAAUAAGCCGUGGCCAUUUUGGGAGCAAUGGAAGUGUAUUUUCGGAAAGGAUCGUGCUGGAGGAGGCGGUGCUGAACAGGUUGAUGCCGCUGCAGAGCACAUGAGGUCCCAUUUGGGUGGCGGUAGUCAGUGCAACGAGAAUGACUACCACCCGUCAUUUGAUGAUUUACCUUUCGCUGAUGGAAGUGUCCCGGCCACAGUAAGUCCUGAGCUUAACGAGUCUAGUUCGCGCUACACCGAGAAGGAGAUGUCAACUACUAAGGGUAACACUCUCAAGCGAAAGUCUAGCUCCCCCGAUACUCAGCUGUUUGCUUUCCUUGCUAAUCUGCACGCCGAAACAAACUCACGUUUGGAUGUUAUAGCAUCUAGGAUCGGGUACGAGUUCGACAUGGGUAAGGCACGACAAGAGGUAUUUGAUAAGCUUGGGACGGUUGAUGGGCUAAGUCUUGACCAGCGUUAUGAUUUAUGCAACAUCUUGGGUGACAAACCCCAACGACUUGAAGUUUUCAUUGGGAUGCCAGCGUCUGCGCGUCUUGGAUAUGUUCUGAAGCUGAUCGAGGAGAGUCGUCGCUGCGGGUGA